UUCUAAUUAAAGUACUAGGAUUAAACUGGGUUUAAACCAUGGACUAAAUAAAACCUUAUUAUAAAAUAAAGUUUAACGCUAAACCAUGGAUUAUCUAUGGUACUAAAGUUAAACCCGUGAGACCCCUAGUUUAUCUCUGGACUAACUUCGGUGCGUCAGUCAGAUGUCAAUCGACAAUUUUGUUUUGAGGUUAGCGUGAAUUUAUUUCGUGUGUUUCGUACUUACAAAUUCUUAAAAAUGGAUUAUGACAUGAUCGACUUCGUGGAUUUGGAAGACUUGGACGUCUUGGAGACGUCUCGACAAUUUCAUAGACGUCGUCUUCGUGUGAAUCCUUUUGAAAUGAGUGACGAAGAUUUUAGAUACAAGUAUAGGUUUACAAAACGUUUCGGCGAGAAAAUUGUGGAUCUUUUACGUGAAGAUUUGACCCACGACCCUCGAGGAUGCCCGUUGAGUCCUGAGCUCCAAGUGGUUUGUGCAUUGCGGAACUGGGCUCGUCAUGAAAUUCAAGACGAUACAGCUGAUUUGCAUGGUGUGUCCCAACCAGUUGUGAGCACAACAUGUAAAAGAGUGGCAGAAAUUUUGUCACGUAUGUCCCGAAGGUUUAUAAGAAUGCCUGCUACCGUAAACGAACAGGCGGAAACUAUUAGGAAAUUUCGCAAUAUCGCCAAUUUCCCCACUGUAAUUGGCGCAAUUGACUGUACUCAUAUAAGAGUAAAGAAAGUAAAUGCUGAUGGGGGUCAAUUAUAUAUUAACAGAAAAGGAUUUUCUUCAAUAAAUGUACAGGUGGUUUGUGAUGCUGACCUGAAAAUCAUGGACAUUGUUACCAGGUGGCGCGGCAGUGUACAUGACUCUAGAAUAUUUAGAGAGUGUAGAUUGAAGCAGAGGUUUGAGGCUGGUGCAUUCUCUGGAAUAUUACUGGGUGACAGUGGCUAUCCAUGCACUCCAUACUUAUUUACACCAAUAUUGAACCCUGCUAGUCCUCAAGAAGAAAGGUACAAUAGGUGUCAUAUACGUACCCGGAAUACAGUGGAACGAUGUUUUGGGUUGUGGAAACAACGGUUUCGUUGCCUAUUAAGAGGCAUGUUUGGGGAUGUAGAAACAGCAAAGAAAACAAUUGUUGCAUGUGCGGUUCUUCACAACAUUGCCAUAGACAUGAGGGAGGACGUGUUUCCUGGUGAGGAUAGCUUUGAACAACCUUCAUCUAGGGAACCUAUUGCACAAAGCUAUAUUCCCAAUUCAGUAAGGGGAAAUAUUAGGAGGAGGCAGUUCAUAGAAAUGCAUUUUUAAUAAAUAAUUUUUAAUACAAAUUGUCGUUCCUUUCUCUUUUUUAUCUUUUUGAUUCAAUGACAUGUUACUAUUCA